AUGAUUAUCAUUUUAGAGCUGUUUUCAAAAUCUAAAUUUUUCAAUUUUAAUUUAGAACUUUCUGAUUUAGAUCCUUCUAAUUCAAGACCACCAAAUUCAAAAUCACCUAAUCCAAAAACUUUCUGA